UCGCUUCAGGCAAGAAAUUCAAUUCGCGCGCCUAGGAUUUGCCUAGUUUUUGGAUAGUCUCCAUAAAAAUGGAUUCGGAAAUGUCGGACCCAGUAGAGGCAGAUACAGAUGGAUCUAUUUGCAGUAUUCACGUACGCAAUUUCUUUUGCCAUGACAAUUUGCAGAUUGACUUGAAUAAGAACGUUAAUUUCGUCGUUGGGCGUAACGGCAGCGGUAAAAGCGCAAUUCUGACUGCUUUAGUCGUCGGUUUGGGAGGCAGGGCCUCUGCGACGAACAGGGGAAACAAUUUACAUUCCUUCAUCAAGAAAGGUGCCAACUCAGCAUCAGUGGAGAUCAAGAUCCGGAACAGCAGUGAGCAGGCAUACAAGCAUGAUGUGUACGGAGACUACAUCAUCAUCGAGAGGCACCUCAACGCCUCCGGGGGCUCCGGCUACAAGGUUAAGAAUGCUGCAGGUAAAGUGAUAUCAACAAAAUACGACGAAGUAAACAACAUUAUCACAGCGCACGACAUUCAAGUGGACAAUCCAAUAUCUGUGCUCAACCAGGACGAUGCGCGCGGAUUCCACGCGGCGGACGCUAAACGGAAAUUCACACUGUUUCGGAAGGCGACGAAUUUGGACCGGACGGAGUCGAAUUACUUGUCGGCAUUGGAGAGCUGUAAGAUGGCGAAGAAUAUAUGGACCAGGAAAUCUGAGGCUCUAGAAGAUGUUAAAAAAGAAAAAAUCAAGCUUAAAGCAAUCCACGACAGACUUCAGUCCCGAAGCGAGAUCAUCGCCCGAGAAAAAGCGCUUGAAAACGAGUAUUAUUGGAGCGAGAUAGCGCAGUUAGAGCGGCAGGUCCGAGACAUAGAGUCGAAGAGGCAAAAACAGGAGGAUAAGAUACUGAAGCUGGAAGUUAAGUUGAAAAGUUUGGAUGCGAGCUGCGGGGGGAAGAAUGGUGUCAUAGACACUCUGAAAACUCAGUUUGAAGAGCACAACAACCAGCGCACCCUGCUAGAGCAACAGCUCAAAGACUUAGAAGGCCAAGUGCGAGCAGCGCAAACGGCACUAAGAAGCUUCCAGAACACGGGCAACAAGCACUCGGACCAGAUCAGGAGAGAAAAGCGGAAAGCUACGGCAUUGGAGCUCGAGAUAAAGAAUAUCAAGUAAGUGACACUUCUAGGACAACAGUUAAAGGACCUCGAAGGCCAAGUGCGAGCAGCGCAGACCGCGUUACGAAGCUUCCAAAACACUGGUAACAAGCACUCGGACCAGAUCAGGAGAGAAAAGCGGAAAGCUACGGCAUUAGAGCUCGAGAUAAAGAAUAUCAACGACGGCGACUCGCAGUCCCAACGCUCGUCGCUAGAAAAAGCCGCCGCAGCAGCAAAGAGAGCGCUCGACGCGGUCCGUGCGCGGUACAGCACCGCGCAGCACGAGUUCACGCAGGCGCAGCAGAACAGCGCCCAUUGUGCCGGCCAGUGGGAGCGAGCGAGACAAUCCACGCAGCGGGCGAGGAGCGAGCUGAUAAAACUCCAGCAAGAGCAGCGCUCCCUACAGUCCCGAGGCAACGACGAGCUUGGCGUGUACGGGGAGGAGAUGGUGGCUCUCUGUAGAGCAGUCGAACAAGCUCACAAGCAAGGAAAGUUCACUAAGAAACCAAUCGGACCUGUUGGAGCUCACCUGAAAGUACGUGAGAAGAAAUGGGGCGGCGCGCUGGAGCACGUGCUCGGCGGAGCCCUAAGGACCUUCCUCGUCAACGACGACAAGGACCGGGUCCUGCUGUUCGACCUCAUGAACAAGAUAUACGGCAGAAGGAGCAAGCCAAGCGUGACCUGCAGCAAGUUCCUGCCCAGACAACACGACGUGUCCCAACACGUGGUCCGCGCGCGUCCGUACAUGUCCGCGCUGGACUCCCUGGUCGUCACCGACCCUGUCGUCGCCAACUUUCUGAUUGACAGUGUCGGGGUGGAGAGGAUUCUCAUGGUACCUGAACACGCGGACGCCCAACGCCUCUCGGACCGCGUCGAGAACGUCCCCACAAACUGCGGCCGUAUCGUAACACUGGACGCCACCGAGUACUUCCCGGCGCCGCGCUACCGCAGCUACGGCGGCUCCAACCGCCGCGCCUGCUACCUCGCCGUCUCCAACACGGAGCGGAACAGGCAACUGCUAGAAGACAUCAAAGAAGCCCAAGCACAACUGCGAGAGCUCGAGGGUGAAGAACAAGAGUUGGAUGCGACCUUGAAAGAGGCCAAGCAGCUCGAACACGUCGCUUCAAGGGACCUGCAGAAACUUCUAAGCGAGCAACACACCAAGGAGAAGGAAGAAAGAGACGCGCGCGCAGCGCUCGAGCAGCAGCAGGCCCCGCACCAGGCAGCCGUGCUGGUGGAAGAGCUGACCCAAUCCCAGGCCAUACUGGAACGACUCAACGGCCAAGUCGAAGAGUGGACGCAGAAGGAGCAAGAACAGAAGAGGAAGAUAGACGUACUCGAGCGGCAGAUGAAGGAGGUCAAGAAACAGUUCAGUGAGUUGCAGAGCAUUUGCGGGAAUCUGGAGGAAGAGAUAGAACAAGAACAUUUAAAACAAGAGCGAGGGGUGGCAGAGCGUCAGACGGUCCAACGGCGACUCAAGGAAGAUCGCGCGACGCUGAAGGAGAUGGAGACAGCCCUGGAGAAGAGGCAGGACGUGGUGAGGGAAAAGAUCAGCGAAGCGGAGUUGCUGUGCCCGCGCGUUGAUAACCCUAGGGACACGAAAACAGUGCAAGAGGAGAUAGCAAAAACCAAAUCGAAGCUGAACGCCAUCCGCACCGACGGUCGGAGCAAGGGUGAGGUGGCCGAGGAGUUACUUAGAGUCACCACCAAGUACAACGACACCAAGGGCAAGCUGGACCGCAUACAGGCCCUCGUGGACCAGGUACUGUUCCUUCUCUCUCACACACCAACGGUCGGAGCAAGGGUGAGGUGGCCGAGGAGUUACUUAGAGUCACCACCAAGUACAACGACACCAAGGGCAAGCUGGACCGCAUACAGGCCCUCGUGGACCAGUGCACGUCGUCCACGGAGGGGCACCGGCAUAUGGGCUACAAGCUGCAGAAGAACAUUGCGCGUCGUGUGCAGUUCGACUUCAACGCCAUGCUCAGGGUCAACGGCUACUCGUGUAGCGCACCCUGGCAACAUGAACAUCGAUUUCCCCAACGCCGUACUCGAGAUCACCUGCACGGGCCGAGAGAGUACUCGCCACGCUUCCACCACGGCCUCGCUGUCCGGAGGCGAACGUUCCUACAGCACUGUCGCCUUCAUCAUGGCCUUGUGGGCUUGUGUGGAGCUGCCUUUCUACUUCCUUGACGAGUUUGACGUCUUUAUGGACAACGUGAACCGUCAGCGGGUGAUGAACAUCUUGCUGAACCACGCGCUGAAGAACCCCUCGCGACAGUUCGUGUUCCUCACGCCGCAGGACGCCUCGUCCGUCAAGUCGGGCGCGCAGAUCAGCAUACAUGUGAUGGCGGACCCGCGACCAUAAGUUGCCCCAUACCUAGUUUAAAGAAUUUAAUUAUGAUAAAGUUGAUUACUGUUGUGUUUGAUUAGAAUGUCAUUUUAAUUGUUACGUGUAAAACACGCUGUUGAAACACAGAAGCAUGGAGACUGUAUAAAGGAGUCAAAUCUCUAUGUAUGAAAAGUGUCCAUCAAAAAACAGUAAUUAGGCGGCGCCACCAUGUACCGAAAUACUACCAAAAACAACCUACGUAAUUUGGUCGGGUUAUUUGUUGCCUUAUAUGGUUCAUGUUAUACUCAUGUCCCAGAGCCUAACUAGCGCCACCGGAGAGAUUAGGAACUAUUAUUUAAAACUUAACGCGGUCACUUUUACAAUAAUUCUGCCAUAAGAGAUUGCGAUCCUUUCUAUACCAUCCAUACACAGAAGUUUGAACCUGUCAAAUAGACAGUAAUAUUUUUACACACUUCCAUGAAAAGUCGGCCUUUUAAGGGACCCACUGAUUACCAGUCCGCCGGACAAUAUCGGCCUGUCAGUUGUUCGGAACUGUUAAAUUUUUGUUCUAACUGACAGGUCGAUAUCGUCCAGCGUACUGAUAAUCAGUGGGCCCCUUCAGAUAUGUUUAUACUUAGGGUGGUAUUCCACCUGCCCAAUGUGUAUUUGCGUAUUAAAUAUAUUAAUAACGGGUCACUCACGUAUUUUAAGUCGAAAAACGCUCGACAUGUUUCACUCCGUACCGCUCCUCCGAGGAGCUUGCGUUAUUAAUAUGUUUAAUAUGUCUGUGUCUCACGGACGUUUUGUUAUUAAAGUGUAUUUGCGUCUUACAUUUUGCUUAGUGAGACGCAAUGCACAUUGUACAGGUGGAAUAGCAACCUCAUGCAUGUUUUUCCAGUGUAUAAAGGGCGAUUUACAUGACACUAGUUACUUGUACUAUUUUGGGUGAUACCAAUGGCAUGUUAUUAAUGGAGCAAUGCUUUUAACUUGUGUAGUAAUUAUGUUUUUUCAGUCUGAUUAUUGCAUUGAAUUUUGAUAUUAUAUUUUUUAUAAUGUGA